GCCCCGCUCGCCCGGCAUCGCGGAGCGGCGGAAUCAAGAUGGAGGAGUAUGCGCGCGAGCCUUGCCCCUGGCGCAUUGUGGACGACUGUGGUGGGGCCUUUACGAUGGGAACCAUAGGUGGUGGGAUCUUUCAGGCAAUCAAAGGUUUUCGCAAUUCUCCGGUGGGAGUAAACCACAGACUACGAGGGAGUCUGACAGCUGUUAGAACCAGGGCUCCACAGUUGGGAGGCAGCUUUGCCGUUUGGGGAGGCCUGUUUUCCAUGAUUGACUGCAGUAUGGUUCAAGUCAGAGGGAAAGAAGAUCCCUGGAACUCCAUCACGAGUGGUGCCUUAACAGGAGCCAUCCUGGCAGCAAGAAACGGACCAGUGGCCAUGGUUGGGUCAGCCGCGAUGGGUGGCAUUCUGCUAGCUCUCAUCGAAGGAGCUGGUAUCUUGUUGACAAGAUUUGCCUCUGCCCAGUUUCCCAACGGUCCUCCGCUUGCUGAAGACCCCUCCCAGUUGCCUUCAGCCCAGCUACCAUCCUCACCUUUCGGGGACUACCAGCAAUACCAGUAGGGCCUCUCUCCCAGGACUUCUGUAACAGAGUGAGCUGCGGUUCAAGGAAGGAUUUCAGAAGAUCAAAUUCAGUCUGUUUUUAAAACUGUAGGUGGGACAACUAUGGCCAAAUAGGCUGUGAAGAGACAUUUAGCACAUUUUUCUAUUUAAAGGAACAUGGGGGGGGCGGGGGAGGGUCUUAAAAGAUAAUACAUUUAUUUAUUCACACUUGGAUUGCGUUUGUGAUCAAAAUAAAUGUCUGAAAUCUUUAGAAGGAAAAGCAGCAAGUGCUUGGAAGAUGAAGGACCAGCGGCAAACGGCAAUGAAGCAUGACCAUCAUUUCCUCGGGGACCUCUCUGCCUGGUUUUGUUCUGUUAGUCAAACAAUAAAAAACGCCAGGAGAUUGCUCUUUCUAUUAAGAUAAGUUGCAGAGUUCUACUUUUCAUACUUGAAUUCAAAUAACGCAGAGUCCGUUGAAAGUUGCACGUGGUACAGUCUCCAGGGAUUGGUCCACAGCAAACACUUCCGGGCUGGAGGGCUGCGGGAAAGUGCUUAGCCUUCUCCUUGCGAGUAAAAAACACGCCACGUCUUGGUUUCGAGGGUGUCAGAUACAAAACUCUCUUCACCUCUGAGGCUCCUGUGUCUUGAUUCUUCAUCAUCAGAAAAGCUUCCUUCCGGUAUACCCAGUUCCGUAUGAGAAGGUUCCUGGAGGGCGUAAUAGCCCUGGAAAAGUUUGGCGGUUAUGGUGUGCUGGCAAGUACAAUACAUGCUGUUUUUCAUGUGUUGCAAGUCCCCUGAAGCUGAUCUUCGUCGAGGGUGUGUUUUGGGGUCUGGCCGGGCCUGGAAAAUGGAUUAGCAUUUCGGAAUAGGCCAUUUUACUGGCUGUGCUGGAAAUGCCAUGCGGCCUUACGGGAGGCAGGCUGUUACUCCCCGUUUACCUGCCUCUUUGUGAAACGGAGAGCAAAUCCGUGUGGGUGUGGUGAGCACAUGCAUGUUCUGGCCCAAUGCCACGUACAUAGUAAGCAUUUAAUUUACUAAUGCUGGUUUGAUCUUUCUUUGUGUGGUAAAAUAUACAGGAAAUCAUAUUUAUCGUUUUAACCAUCUGUAAGUGUACAGUUAGUGGAAUUUACAUACAGUGUAACAGUCACCAUCGUGUAUCCCAAAACUUCCUCAUCGUCACCAACAGAAACUCCCCAUCCCACCUUCCCCCAGCUCCUGGUAACCACAGGUCUGCUUGCUGCGUCUGAGUUUGCCUAUUCUGGGUACCUCGUGUAAGUGGAACCGUACGAUACUCGCCUUCUGCGUCGCUCUUGUUUCGUGGAGCGUCGUGUUUCAAGGUCCAUCCGUGGUGCAGCAUAAGCCAACACUUCGUGCGACGGCUGAGUAAUACUGCAUGGUGUGCAGAGGUCGCAUUCUAUUUGUCCAUUCCUCCACUGGUGGACACUUGGGCUGUUUACACCGCGUGACUCUUGUGAAUAACAUGGGCAUACAAAUACCUGUUUGAGUCGCUGCUUUCAGUUCCUUUGGGUGUAGACCUAGGAGUGGCGUUGCUGGGGCAUGUGGUAGUUCUAUGUUUAACUUUUGGAAGAAGCACCAAACUUUUCCACAGCGCUGCACCGUUUGACAUUUCCACCAGCAGUGCACGAAGGUUCCCGUUUUUCCACAUCCUUGCCGACACUUUUAUUUUCCUUUAAAUAAAAAGAUUAUAGCCAGUCUAGCAUGUGUGACUAUCUCACUGUGGUUCUGAUUUGCGUUCUCCUGGUGACGACGUACUGCGCUUAUUGGCCAUUUGUGAGUAUUUGGGAUUUGUCUUUCAGUCUGUAGCUCUUUUGACUUCCAGGAGUAAAUGUAAGGAGAUGUUAUAAGAACAGUUCAAAGCUGAGGGCAUGUUGAAUCGCAGAUAAAAUGCUUUACAUUUCUUAAGUUCUCCUAAACGUCCUCUUAAAUGGCUUAUUGGUUUGGAAAGUAAGUUCCUUUCUUGGGAAUUCGGAGUCUGUGGCGGGUGUGUGUAUGUGAUGCUGGCGUGUUUUUGCCAUUUUAUUGGUUAACUCAGCAUAUCUGAAGCAAUCCUUGGUUACAGAUGAAUUUUCUGGAAUUUUCUGGAGGGGUGGGGGGGGAGAGAAGAAGCUUGAAAAAGAUGGAAAGCCAUUUCUUUUUGAAGAACUUGACAUUUAAUUCCACAAUAUGUGGGACGGCAGGUAGAAACCCCGAAAACCUUUCCAGUUGUUUCCCUGCUUCUUGGCCCUCUCCUCCUUGGUGGAUGCCCCCUUCCUCCGUCCCGCACUUAGGAGAGCUGCUGCUCCCGCGGAAAGCCUGGCUGCCCACCUACCUGCUGGGGCUUGGCCUGAGCGGAGUGGCUCCGUCUCCGUGAUGUGUCUAGCGUGGAGAUGGGGGGGCCGGUGAGGAGAGGGAAAGGGGAAAGCAAACUUCACGCCUCUGAUUUUCUACUGGAAGCCUCGUGCCAUCUGCGUUUCCGGUCACAGGUGUUUCAUAACCGCCCAAGAACGUCCUCGUGUGCUGUGUCCUCUGCCUGCCCCCGUUUGUCCAGCGGGCUGGUUCCUGGUGGUCUGGGGACCAGCUCGAGCGCCCCUGCAGCCUCCCGUCCCCUCUCCGUGUUCUGUUGUCACUGCACAGCGGGAGGAGGUGCUGAGCGGUUUGUUUUGUUUUGUUUUGUUUUCUCUCCCCCACCUUUUCCCCCAACAUUUUUUCAAUGAAAAUAUCAAAACUGUAAAGUUGAGGUUCACAGUGAACAUACAUAUACCCAUCACCUAGAUUCUAUGAUUAACUUUACAAUACUUUACCAUUGUGUACCUGUUCACCUAUCACCCGUUUCCUAAUAAAAUUGAAAUUUAUGAAAUCCA